AGCUAUAUAUACAAACAACGCGCUAUUUCCGUUCCCAUUUCCAUAUUCUUCCUUACAAAACACAAAUAAAAAAUCACCCGACCAAAAUUAAAAAAAAAACAUAAUCUGCCUACAAUGCCCCACCGCCGCCACUUCCUCUUUCUCCUCUACCUCCUCUUCACCACCGUGGUCACCGCCGAUGACGCCGCCGUCAUGUCCAUUCUCGCUAAAUCCUUCUCACCAACCCCAUCAUCAUGGACACCAACAACCGAAUAUUGCGAAUGGGCCGGCAUAACUUGCGACAACUCAAAACGUGUCACAGCAAUCGACCUCACACCACAACCUCCAUCAAUACCACAUUUAUCAGGAACAUUACCUCCAGACAUUAAAAAUCUAACCCAACUCAAAACCUUAAUCCUCCAAGAUAACUCCUUGUCGGGCCCAUUGCCGGAUUUAUCGGACCUUAAUCUACUCGAAACACUUAAACUAGAUUCCAACAACUUUACCUCAAUCCCACAAAACUUUUUUACUGGGCUAAACAGUUUACAAACUUUUAGUAUUUCAGAUAAUCUUGAUUUGUCACCUUGGGUGAUUCCUGAUGACAUCACAUUAGCUACUAAUUUACAAAGUUUUUACGCUAGUAACUCCAAAAUAACCGGCUCAAUUCCUGAUGUUUUUGAUAAGUUGUCAAAUUUACAGAAUCUUAGAUUAUCUUAUAACAAUUUAACAGGGAGUUUGCCAAGGAGUUUUGGUGGGUCAAUGAUUCAGAAUUUGUGGGCUAAUAAUCAGUUACAGGGGCUUUCGGGUCAACUCGAUGUGAUUUCGAGUAUGACUCAAGUGACUCAGCUUUGGUUGCAGGCCAACUCGUUCACCGGUGAAAUUCCUGAUCUUAGUAAUUGUACUAUUUUAUUUGAUUUGCAAUUAAGAGAUAAUUCAUUAACCGGGCUAGUUCCGGAUUCUUUAAUGAGUUUGCCUAAGUUAGCGAAUGUUACUUUACAAAAUAAUAAGUUACAAGGUCCUUUGCCCGUGUUUAAGGAAGGCGUAAAAAAUGAAUUAGGGACUGAUACUAAUAGUUUUUGUUUAGAUACGCCUGGCCCGUGUGAUCCUCAAGUGACUACGUUGCUUGAGGUUGCGCGAAAUAUUGGGUAUCCAACGUUGUUAGCCGAGGCUUGGAAAGGGAACGAUGCUUGUAACCACUGGAGUUAUAUAAGUUGUGAUUCUUCUGGGAAGAAUGUGAUAAGUGUAAGCUUUGGUAAUAAGAACUUUUCGGGUACUAUUUCCCCUGCUUUUGCGAAUUUGACUUCGUUAAGGACUUUGUUGUUGAAUGAUAAUAGUUUGGUUGGUGUGAUACCGGAGGUGUUGGCUACUUUACCGAAUCUUGUAACGUUUGAUGUGUCGAAUAAUAAUCUUUCUGGUAAGGUACCGGUUUUUCCACCAAGGGUGAAGUUUAUGAAUACGGGUAAUGCUUUGUUAGGUCAAGACGUGCCUACUGGGCCAUCUGGACAGGGGGCGGGUUCUGGUGAUGCAGGUGGGGUUUCCUCUGGGUCUAGAAAGGGUUCGGGUUCAGCUGGUAUGGCAGUUGGUAUUGUGAUUGGUGUUGUGGUUUUUGUUGUGAUUCUGUUGUUUGUGUUAUAUAAGUGUUAUUAUGUCAAGAAAAGAAACCAGAAGGAUGUUAAAGUUAAAGAUCUUGAAAAUGGUAAGGCAAUAGUUAAAGCUAGUGAUAUGGGCGGGAGUUCGAAUGCUCAUAGAGUUAGUGAAUUGCAGAGUCAAAGCAGUGGUGAUCAUACCGAAAUGUCUGUUUUUGAAGGCGGUAAUGUUAAUAUUUCUAUUGAUAUUCUUCGAGAAGUGACCAAUAAUUUCAGUGACGAAAACAUUUUGGGGAGAGGUGGGUUCGGGAUUGUUUACAAAGGGGAAUUACAUGACGGGACUAAGAUAGCUGUUAAAAGAAUGGAAUCGGGCAUUAUGGGGACAAAAGGGCUGAAAGAAUUUCAAGCUGAGAUUGCAGUACUGACUAAAGUCAGGCAUAGGCAUCUCGUGGCUCUUCUUGGAUAUUGUAUUAACGGGAACGAGAGGCUUUUGGUAUAUGAGUACAUGCCACAAGGAACUUUAAGUCAACAUUUGUUCGAAGGCAAGGAACAUGGAAGCAGUCCUCUAAGUUGGAAACAACGAGUUUCCAUAGCUCUGGAUGUUGGAAGGGGUGUCGAGUAUUUACACAGUUUGGCACAGCAGAGCUUCAUUCAUAGAGAUUUAAAGCCAUCUAAUAUUCUUCUUGGUAAUGACAUGCGAGCAAAAGUGGCUGAUUUUGGAUUGGUGAAGAAUGCACCUGAUGGAAAGCAUUCUUUGGAGACACGAUUGGCUGGAACUUUCGGUUACCUAGCACCUGAAUAUGCUGCUACUGGGAGAGUAACUACAAAGGUGGACGUAUAUGCAUUUGGAGUGGUGCUAAUGGAGUUGAUAGCGGGUAGAAGAGCCUUGGAAGAGAGUAUGCCUGAGGACAAAAGUCAUUUGGUGACAUGGUUCCGUCGGGUCCUUAUCUCCAAAGAAAACAUAGUAAAAGCCAUGGACCAAACUCUCUACACCGAUGAUGAAGAAACACUUGAAAGCAUUUGCAGAGUGGCUGAGCUAGCAGGCCACUGCACUGCACGAGAUCCAUACCAAAGACCUGACAUGGGUCAUGCAGUUAAUGUAUUAGGCCCACUUGUGCAGAAAUGGGAACCUUCACGACCCGAAGAAGAAGAUGGCUAUGGCAUUGACCUUCAUAUGAGCCUUCCUCAAGUCCUUCAAAGAUGGCAAGCAGAUGAAGGCACUUCAAGAAUGUUCGACGACUCCUUUGGUCAAACUCAUUCAAGUAUUCCAUCUAAACCCUCAGGGCUAGCAGACACUUUCCAGUCGAUGGAUGCCCGAUAGCCAAAAGGUCAAAUGUUGUAAAGAAAAGAUGAAACGUGUACAGGUCCUUUCCCAUUUCAAUUCAUUCUUUUUUGGCAUUAGGGCUUGAGGUACUAUCAAGUAAUGUUCUUUUCUUUGUUUUUUUGGGUGGAAUUCUUUAAAUCUUUUUAUUCUUUAAAGUAGUCACAUUUGUAAUCCUCACACGAGGUUCCUUGCAUUUUUCUUCAUUUGUUAUUCUUGAUAUAUACAUUCGACAUUCUUAUAGCAAAACAUUAGUAACUGCCAACCUA